UCAAUCUAUAAACAAACACUCAAGACAAUUAACACGACAAAUCAUGGAGAGAUCAGCCACCGUCUUUGUAGCGCUCACCUUGCUCGUCGCCGGCAGCGUCGUCGUCGUCGUCGUCGUCGACGCCUGCGACGGCGUGCCGAGGAUGUCGGCCGUGGAGGCGUGCAAGCAGGCGAGCGUGGGCCCGGCCAUGUCGCGGACGUGCGCCGAGACGCUGGGAACCUCGGCGGACGAGCAGGGGGCGACGGACUUCAUGGUGGCCGCCGCGAACGCCGCGACGGAGUCGUACAAGGCUGGCAAGGAGGCCGUCGGCAAGGUGCUCUCCAACCCGCUGGCGCCCGACGGCGAGCGGCUGCCGUGCCUCGUGUGCGCGAACAAGUACGACGACGCGUCGAUGCUCGUCGCCAGCACCGCCGACGACGCCAAGCGCUGCAAGCUGAGCGCCGACAGCCUCCCCGACCUCGUCACCGCCGUCUCUGCCGUCGACGAGUGCGCCACGAAGAUGUUCGAGGAGAGCGGGAACACGACGUCGGUGUACGCCACGGCCAUCACCAAUCGGGAUUGGACCGUGCUCGUUCUGCGCCUCGCUACGUUGGUUGUGCCGCGCCAGCAACUCAGCUAGUUCUGCCAUGCAUCACCAAUCGUGCGAUUGGAUUGCUGGUCGCCCUCCCUUGUCCUUCCUCGUUCUAAGGCCGUGUUUUGUUUCCCUCAUAUUCCCAACUUUCCAUCACAUCAAAAGCUUUCCUACACUCAUAAACUUUCAACUUUUUUUCCAAACUCCCAUUUCUUUAAACUUUCAACUUUUUUUAGGAACUAAACACACCCUAAAUAUGGCUGAUAUCAAGCAUUAAAAACUUUAGCUAUGAAUAAAUUUUAAAAUACUUACGUUAGAAACGUUGAGACCAUAUGUAUAGACCAAAUUUUUAAUAUAUUUGUUGAUGUUUUUUAUAUAUUAUAUUGUACUAGAAAAGAUGCCCGUGUGUUGCAACGGGUGAAGCUAUUUUAAUCUUAUUGUUGUUCAAUGUGAUUCACUAUGAGAAUUCGCUUGGAUAUUUUUUUUUCUAGAAAUUAAUGUCAAGUUAACAUUUGAGUUUUUUUAAAGAGAUUUCUUAAUUAUACGAUUCCUUCUGCA